AUGAAAUGCAUAAAAAAAAGGAAUAAUAUAAACAUAUUGUUUUUCAUUAUACUUUUUAUAAUUUAUUUAAGAAAAUUAAGUGCUAAUUUUACUAUAUCAAAUUUCACUUAUUAUAAUGGGAAAAGUAAUGUGAAUAUAGAAUUGUUUGAAACUGAUUAUUUGGCUAUAUUUAAAUUAUCAGGUGACAGUAUAGAUAACAGUGAUUUUGAAAUUAGUGAUUCUUAUUUAAUUUUUGAAGACAAAAAUAUAAAUAAUUGUCACAUAUAUAAUUAUAGAAAUGUUGUGGGAACAAUUAAAAAAGAAAAAGAUCAUGAUAAGUUUUUAUUUGUUCAGAAGAAGAAUGUACCAUUACAUAUUAAAAAUAAUAAGUAUCGAUGUUCGAAUUUUUAUUCUGUUAAUAACUCACCUUACCCUGUUCAAAUUAUAGAAAAAAAUAAAGAAUAUAUAAAAGUAGAAGGCCUUAAUAAUUGUAGUAUUGAUGACACUGAUAAAUUUAUUUUUUACUUCAACCUUUUAGAAAAUUUUUAUGUUUCAGAAAAUGAGAAAUGUGAUCAAAUAGCAAAAUCAUCUUUUAUUACAAAUAUAGGAGUUAACAAAUGUACAGGAUACAUUGGAUAUGUAGAAGAUCUUUACAAAUUAAAUAAUGAUACAUACUACAUAUGUUUCAAAAGUAAUAAUUUAUCAAUGGUUGUUCAUAAAAUUAGUAUUAAUAAAACAAUUAUGAUGAAUACAUUUUACUGUAAUUAUGAAAACCUACAUUGUUCAAUUUAUAUUAAUCCCACUUUUAUAAAAAAUAUACCUAAUAUUGAAGAUGAUACUUUAGUUCUUCAACCAGAGUGUGGUGAUACAAAUAUUCCAAUUUUAAAAAAUAAUCAUAUAUUAAAUCACGGAUAUUAUACUUUUAAUUUUGAUAAUUCUAAAGCAUAUUAUUACUUGGAAAUAUGUUUAAUGGAUACAAAAAAAUAUAAAAAAAUAGGUCAUAUAUUUUUUCUUCAAGUACAACAACCUAUAAUCUGUUUCAUUGGUUAUCAGUGUGUUAUUAAAACAUACACAUUAAAAAGCCAAAUGGAUUAUAUACUAGGUGAUAUUAGAAACACAACUUUUUCUUGGUCUGAUGAAGUUUGUAAUUAUAGAAAUUUUAUAAACCAAGGAAAAAAAAUAAAUGCAUUAAAAAUAGAUGAUUAUUUAUAUUUUAAUAGUGUUGAUGUUCUAACAAACGAAAAUAAUUUCUGUUUAACUAAUCAAGAAAUAUAUGCUCCUCUAUUUACUAUACUUUUAGUUAAAAAUCCAGAAUUUAGUAUAUAUUACAGUAUUAUUAAUGAUAUACUUAUUAAUUAUUCAACACAUUCAUUAAAAUAUAAUAAUUAUUUAGGACCUUACUUAAAAUAUGAAUGUUCCAAUAAUAAUAUAGUAAAAGAUGAAUAUGAUAAUCAUCAAAGAAAUGAUGAUUUUGAGUUUCUAUAUAAAAAUGAAAAAUUAAAUAUAACUCUGAAAUAUAAAACGAUAACCAUGAGAUUAUGUUUGAAGUUGGUUAAUUACUAUGAUAUUGGUUCUGUAAAAAUUGAGCAGCUAUCAAACUUUAAGAAGAACUCUUUAAGUACUUUAAAAUUUAGCGGUAUUGUAUCAUUAUUUCAUGAAGACAAAAACACAAAAAUCUUAAAAUUUGCAAUCAAAGAAAGUGAAGACUGCCAUUCGGACAAAGGUUUUUUUAUUGAAGCGAAUAGUAACUUAAAAAAUAAAACAUUCUAUCAAAAUAAAAUUAAUGAUAUAGACGUAAUAUAUGAAGGAGAAAAUAACGUAAAUUUAGAUAAAUUUAAGUACUAUUUAUGCAUGUGCUCUAAGGAAGAGAAAUGUAGAGAAAAUAAUAACCUGAAAGAUUAUUAUACCUAUACCAAUAUUUCUAUAUAUAAUGAUUCACAACCACAAAAAAAAAAAAUAUAUGUAUGCAAAUUGCUUUUUAAUUGUUCCUUUACUGCAACAUUCCACUCUACACAUAAUUCUGAUAAAUGGAUAUCUAAAAAAGGAAAAUCUUGUAGUUCCAAUGAAUUAGUAGGUAUAGGAGUAAAUUCAAAAAAUAAUGUAGUCCUAAGUAAUUACCCUUCAAAUUUAAGGGUUAUAGAUUUUGAUAUAUAUUAUUUUGUCAGUCAAAUGAAUAUGAAUUUAUUAAAUACAGAUAUAAUUAUAUGUGGAAAUUAUAAUGAUCAAGAACUUACAGUUUCUAUAGAAAGUAAUUUUUUUUUGGUAUAUCAGACUGCUCCUUAUGAAGAACUUGAGAUUGUUAACAUAGAACAUUCCAAUUUAUGCCAUAAUAAAAAAACUCUUUUUAUAUAUUCCUAUUUAAAUGGUAAAAAAAAUCUAUUUAAAAAAAUUGAAAUUGAUGAAAAGAAAAAUUUCAAUAAAAUAAAAUUAAAAUUUGAUUAUAAAGAUUUAGAAAAUAAUGAAAUAUAUUUUAUAAAGGAAUGCCAUUAUUGCCCAAAUAUUUUAACCUACAAUCAUAAUGAAGGUCAUUAUAUUUUUCAGAGCUCCGUUAAAAAUUCAGAAAAGUAUUGGGGCAUAAAAAAGUUAAAGAAUAAUAAUUUCAAUUUUACAAGUAAAGCUAUAGAUAUAUUUAAUUGUUCAAAUGAAUCAGCUGAAAAUCAUGCAUUAACUAGUGUGAUAAUCUUUGAUGGACCACUUAAAGAGAUUGAAUUUUACUGUUAUAUGGGUUUUGAUUGCUCUCAUAAAGUAGAAUUCUCAUUAUCGGUUGAUCAUUAUUCUUUUUUUAUAGAAAUUACAGAAACUUUUAGAAUUACAAUAUUUUAUAAAGAAACACCUAAAAUUAAACAUUCAGUGCAUAAAUUGAGUGAUUCUAAAAGAAUCUCUAAACUUGAUCUAAAAAUUUCUAAAAAUGGCUAUAAUACUUUGAAACCAGGACCCUAUAAAAUAAUAUAUUCUAGAAAAAUUAACGGUUUAACUGUUGAAACAUAUAUCGGAACUUUUCAUUACAUCGGAGCACCUUUACAGAAAUAUCAUAUUGUUGAUAAAAAUCAAAAAGAAAUUGUAAUUUACGGCUAUUUUAAAAAUGUUGAAAGUGAAAAAUUAAAAAUAGUAAGUUAUUCAACUUGUGAUUUUGUUCAACUUUUAAAUCAAUCUUUAGGACAAAAUAAACAUGAUGAUAUAUUAAAUGAAGUUUUAAACAGCGUUAUUGAUUGUAAAUAUCAUGAUGAUUAUAAAUUAAUAUGCAAUUACAAAAAGUCCAUCAUAAAUAAAUUUGAUCUAUGUUGGUGUUAUGAAGUGGAGAAAGAUUUAUGUAAAGUUUUAAAAAAUAUAAAUUCAAAAAUAACAGAAAUUUCUUCUUUAUCGACUUCUAUGAGUGCAGUAUUACAAAUAACUAAAUCAUCACACACUAAAUUUAUUAACUAUGAGAUUAAUAAUUAUAUUUUUAUAAUAGAUGAUGAUUGUACAAAUAUCAAAAAUAUUAAAAAUAAAUCCAAAAUGAAUACAGAAAAAAAUAUUUUAGGUAUUUAUACAGAACUAAAAUCUCCCCAAAAAUAUGAAUUAUGUGUUUGUACUAUAGAACAAAAUGUAACAUGUGAAAAGGAAAAUGAAUAUAAAAGUGUUACUGUUUUAAUGAACAGUUCAACUUCUCACACAAUAAAAUCAACUAAUUUAAAUAAUUUUAAUAAAGGAAACAAUAUAGUGAAAGAUUUUGAUUUCAAAUUAGAUUAUAUUGAUAACUUAAAAAAAAAUAUAAUUCCAGUAUUUGUUUUCUUACCUGGUCCUGUGGAAUAUAAGGAAUUUAUUUGUAUGUCUGGAGUACCAUGUAAUGCUACUGUAAAAAUAAAAAGUUCAUUAAAUAUUAUAGGAAGUAACGAUGCCAAUAAUAAAAAUAACAAUAAUAAUGCUGUUAAUGCCAAUAAUGCUUCUAAUGUUAAUGGUAACGUUAACAAUUCCGGUGUUAAUAGUGAUAAAAAUGGGUUAUAUAAAAAUAUAAAUUCAAUUUUUUUUAUAUUAAGUGAUAGUAAAGAUUGUGAAGAUAACUACAAUGUAAUAUAUAAAAGUGAAAUAGGAAGUAUUUAUGUUAUUCAAGAAAUAGAGCAUUUAGAGUUUCAAUUUAUAGAUGGAGUUUAUAACUUAAAAAUAGACAUCGUACCUAAAGAUGUAACUAAAACUUAUGAAAUAUGUGCAUCGUUUCACUUUAAUGAUAAACAUUAUUAUAAUGUUGGUAAUAUUGUGUUUUACGGAAUAUUUAAUGAUAAUGAUCAAUAUGAAGCAAUUUCCGGUUUUCCUUUUAGCUUAGAAAUAAAGCAGUUUUAUUCAAAUUUUAAUUUAUACAUUAGAUUUAUCUAUAAGAAAUAUGGAGAUAUAAAAACAUGCAACAAAAAAAAUCGUCAUUUUGAAAAAAUCAUCAUUGGUGACUCAGUUGAGAACGCAUUAAAAUAUCAUGAAUUAGAAAAAAUAGAUGAUAAUUUUAUAAACUACAAAUGGAACAAUAUAACAAUUAUUUUAGAUAUUGAUAAUUUUGAUUAUAUGACUUCUUCUCAAAACAAAGAUGGUUCUCAUAAUAUAGUUAUAUGUUCUUGUUAUGAAUUAGAAGAUGGCCAUUGCGACUCUGAUGAUUUUUUUACAUCCGAAGUUAUGACAUUACACAUGCACACAGCUAUAUUAAAAGAACCUCGAAUUAACUCUACAGUAAACUUUCUAAAACCUUUUACACUUAAAUUAGAAACUUCUAAAACACUAAAUGGUUCAAUCAAGGUUUUUCCAAUUGAUAUAAUGGAAGAUUUAAAUAAAUUAUGUUUAGAAUUAAAUCAAAGAAAGAUGUUUUCAAUAUACAAAGCAGAAAUAGAUGAACACGAACAGAUAUAUAAUAUACUUACUAAUUUUCUUGCUCAAGGACUUGUUAUAUGCUGGUGCUCCAAAGAUAAAUGUAAUGAUAAUGAUUAUUUAACUAAAGUUGCCUUUUUUAAAAUGAAUAGUCCUAACUUUUUAGAAGUUGAUACAGAUUUAUAUGGCUAUUUUUCUUUCUAUUUAUUAAAUGAAUAUAUAAAUAUAAAUGAUAGAGUUAUAUUUGUAGAUAGCAAAUCGAUGUGCUCAGAUAAUAAUAAAGUAAAUUUAUUUGGAUAUAAUAUUCAGUUAGAUAAUGAUAAUUAUGUUAUGACGUGGGAGCAAAGUAUAGAAAUAUAUGGAAAGCCAGAGAAAAUAGUGAGAGAAAUAGAUCAAAAGCCUAUAUGGGUUUCUAAAAAAUAUAAAAUAUCAAAUGUUGAAGAAAAAUAUAUAAAAAUAUGUUACUGCUUUUAUUUUUAUGAUGAAAAUUGUAAAAAUACUAAAAAUUAUAUAUAUGUAGGAUUAAUAUAUAACAAUACUUUAAAAAAAAAGAUUACUAAAAGUAUUGUAAGUAAUGAUUCCAUCGAUGAAACAAGUAAUUUGCAUUAUUUUAGUAAGGAUGCUAUAAAAUUUGUAGCACUAAGUUCUUUUAAUGAUUAUAAUAGAAACAUAUGUAAUAACAACAGUACUCAAUAUGAUAUUAUGCCUUUUCGCAAAAUUAAUGCUUUUAAUUAUUCUACUCCUACAUUGAGAAUAUUAAAUAUUUUUAACAAAAGUUAUAGAAAUGAAUUAAAUUUUACUGUAUGUUAUAACAAUUUUUUUUUUGGAAAUAAGACAAGGUUUUCACUAAAAGGGAAAGAUAUUAGUGAUAUAAAUUCUCACGAAAAAUUUGUUGAAUAUAAUUAUGAACUAAGCAAAUUAGGAUUUACAUAUGAUUCGAAAGUAGAAAAUAUAAUUAUAAAUGAUCCAAAUAUUACAAAAAGAAAAAAUUUAGAGUUAUCGUUAAAUAAAUAUAAAUCAGAAAAUAGUAUUUUUAGGAAUUAUUUUUUUAUAGAAACACCACUUAUUCACAGUAUUUCUAAUAUUUAUAGAAAUGAAUAUAUAGGAUAUAGUGACAAAGCAGACAUAAGAGAAAAAUUAAAAAAUAUAUUAGAUCAAAUAAAUGAAGAUUCAACUGUUAAUCUAAAUGAAACUAUAUACUACAAAAACAAAGGAGAAUUAUUAACUAACUUUUAUUUAGAGAAAAUAAUAAUUGUAAACAAAAAAAAAUUUAUCUUAUGUUGCAAUAAUGGAGAUUAUGUUGAAGUAGAAAUUAAUAAUAAGAAAUAUGAAUUUAAAUAUUCCCCUAAAGUUGACGUACUAAUUAAUUCUUUAAAAAGUUAUCAUCCCGAUUUUGAAAAAGAUGAAAAAUUUCAAAAUGCUAUAUUAGAGCAAUUUAAUGAUUUAGUUUCCAAAUCCAAAAAAUAUAACUAUUUAAAAAUAAAAAAUCCUAAUGAUGUAGGUUUUUAUAAAAAUCACACAUUUAUACAAGUAAAGGAUACUAUUUUCACAGUAAUGAUCAAUGGAAAUAAUAUUCCUGAUCAUAAAUAUAUAUUGUAUAUAAUUGAAUUUAAUAAUAGUUGUUAUAAUUUAGAUAAAAAUUUAUUUUUUAUUGAAAGCAAACUUUUCACUAGAGAGAAUAACUAUUUAACCUUUAGGGAUAUUUUUGUAAACAAAAUAAACAAUUACAAAUUGUGUAUAUUAGAUAGUACAUACAAUGUUUAUUAUAAUGUAGGAAUUUUAAAUGUAACUAACUAUUAUGUAAAUGAUGAUUCUUUCUUUGGUAUUGAUAAUCUCCCUUCUAAUAUAAAAAAAAAAAAUAUUAUAUUAAAUGUUUGCAUGAAUAUAAAAUCAUACGACGUAUUCAUCAUAAAGAGGAGAGACAGUUUUCGCUUCUCACUUGAUAUGAAAAAAGUUAGAUUUUUUAAAAAUAUAGACAAAUUAAUAAAAACUUUUCAUGAAAUAGAAAAUGAUGAAGUGAUAUCUUGUAAAAGUAAGAUAGAUAAAACUAUUAUCUUAACAAAAAGUCAUAUUUUUUUUUACACAAAAAAUAAAGAACUUUCCUUCUCAACUAAGCAUAAUCUACUUUUUCCUGUUGAUAUAGAUUUCGAUGAUACUUAUAUAUAUGUUACCGAUUUACAUUUAAAAAAAAUAGCACGUUUAAAAAUUUUAAAUAAUGGAAAUCUCAAUUUAAAAAGAAAAAAAAGAGAUAUAUAUAAUAAUGAAUUAAAAUUGAACAAAUUCGAUUUAAACAUAAAUAAUAAGAAAACAUUCAAUAAAAAUUCCUUUCGUGAUAAUUUAAAUAAAAAGCAUAAUUUCCAACAUGAGGAUACAUUGUCUUAUGGAAAAUAUCCAAACAUUUAUAAUAAACAACCUGAAAUAAUUAAGAAAAAAUUACUAAUAAAUAAAUUAUCAAAAGGAGAAGAUAUCAUACUUAAUAAAAAUAAACAAAAUGAUAAUAAUAAUUUAAGUAACUAUUUCCUAAAAAAUUUUAAUUUAAAUAAAUUAAGAAGUGCUAUUAAGAAUGAAGAGAAUCAAAUUGUUUAUUUAGAACAAAGUAACAGAAAGAACUCAACAAAUGAUAUAAAAGGAGAUGAACAAAUAAAAUUUAAAAACCAUGUUUUAAAAAAUUAUUUUGAUACUUCAAAAAAAAAAAAUAAAAAAGCAUAUUUAGUGAAAAAAAAUUUUAAAAAAUUAUAUAAUUAUUUUCAAGAAAAGAAAAAUAAUAAUAUCUUAAGUCACUAUUUACAUAAAAUAAUAAGCGAUAAAAACAUAUCAAAAAAAGGAACUCUCCUAUACAACUUUAUUGAAUAUAUCAAAAACAAAAAAGAACCUCUUGAAGAAAAAGAAGUAGAUCAAAAAGUGGAAUCUUUAUAUAAUAUGAGAAAUGAUAUAAAACAAAUAAAUAAACAAAAUAUAGAUGAUUCAAAAUUCAAAAGUAGUAAUCUCAUGAGAAAAAAAAGAAGUGCAACAUAUAAUAUAGAUCAAUCAAUAUAUGAUAAAAUAAUUCAGAGAAACAUUAAAAAAUUUACAAAUAUUGUAGAAACUCCAAAAUAUUUACCUAAUAAUCUAGAUUAUCUUAAUUUAAAAAAUUUAAAAAAUCCUUUAUAUAUUAGCAUACAUAAUGAUUUAUUGUAUGUUUUAGAUUCUAGCAAAAAUAAUUUUUUCAGUUACAAUUUAAAAAAUAAUAAAAUAAUAGAAUUGGAAGAAUAUAACUUUUCAUCAAAUAUUUUAACGUUAAAAAAUCCCCGAAAUUUUUCAAUAUAUCAGGGGGAAAUAACUGAACACACUACUCACAGAACUAGUCUAGCAUUUGUAACACAAAUAAACAGUAAUGAAAUAAAAAUUAUUGAUUUAAAUAAGGAAAAAUACAAAAUUAUAAAAUCAUUAAAAUUAAGAAAAGGUUAUAAACAUAAUAAUAUAAAUAAUGUAAUAGGAAUUGAUCAAAAAUUACUAAUUAUUACAUCACAGAUAUAUGAUGAAAAUUUAAUUUAUCAUUAUCACUUUAACUCAUUUGAUAAUUAUUUUAAUAUAUCUUUUCAUUAUACAUUUGCAGAAAACUAUAAUUCAAAUGAUAAUUUAAAUGUAAAACCUGAAAUAGGUAAAUAUAGUGAUUCUAUAAUAUUUUUUUGUUUUUUAAAGUCAGAUAAUAAAUGUACAAAUGUAGAUGAAUUAACUAAUUUAAAUAUUUCAUAUGACACAGGCAUAAUAACCGGAAAGUUGAAUUAUUUUGGAAAUUUUCAAUUACAAAUAUUUGCAAAAACUCAUUUUCAGUAUAAAAUUAAUACAUAUAAAAAUUUAUACUCUUAUUGUGAUGUUGCUAAAGAAUAUAAUAAAGAAAAAUCUAUUUGUGAAAGUUGUCCAAUAGGGACAUUUUGGAAUAGAGAAAAGUUAUUAUGUGAAAAAUGUGACGAAUACUUUAAAAAUACUUCUACACUAAAAAUAGGGUCCAAAUUAAUAACUGAUUGUUUAUGCUCAGCUGGAUAUGAAUAUUCAGAUAAGACUGCUAGCUGCGAACAAUGUAAACCAGGAUACUAUAAAAAAUCUGUCGGUAAUUUUAUUUGUAUUAAAGGAUGUCAAAUUAACGAGAAAAGCGUUACUUAUGGAGCUACAAGUUAUAAGAAAAUGUUUUGUAAAUGUGUUGAAGGAUAUUAUAGAAAAAAUGAUAAAUGUGUUUUAUGUUUAGAAAAUCAUUAUUGUCCAGGAAAUGAUGUAUUAACUGCAUGUGAUAAAAAUAAAAUAUCUAAAAAGGGAGCUAGGUCAGCUAAUGAUUGUGAAUGUGAAGAAAAUUUUAUUUUAAAUAAUAAAAAUGGAAAAUGCUCUUAUUGUGCAUCUAUUGCUAAGGUUAUUGAUGAUGUUAUUUAUUGCUCAUUAUGUAAUCCAAAAUAUUUAGAUAUAAAUGUUUUUCGAACACCAUUUAAACAUAAUUAUGGUUUAGUAGAUUCUACGUACAAUUAUAAUGAAGACUUUGUUUUGCAAAGUAAAAUAAUGAAAUAUGCAUAUUUUAAUAAAAAUAAUGCAGAAAAAAAUUUUUUUAAUUAUAUAACUAUUAAUCACAAACAAAAUCAACUAAAAAAUAAUCAAAAUAUGCAAAAAUUCUCCAUAGAAGUUGAUGUGGCGGAUGUUAAAAAAUGUUUAUUUUGCGAAAGUGGAUAUUUUAUUAACCAUGAAAAAAAUAAAUGUAUUCCAUGCAAUAAUAAAUAUUGUGAAGGUUUUUCAUCUGUUCCAAAAGAUUGUCCUAAAAAUUCUAUUGUAAUAAAAAAAAAUUCUUCUUCUAUUUUUGAUUGCUUAUGUAAACCGGGUUAUGGAUCUUCAAAUGAAAGAAGAAAUGGGCUUAAUAAAAAAUUGAGCUGUGAAAUAUGUCCAAUGAAUUUUUUUAAGCAUACCAUAUCAGACAAUUUUUGUAUGCCAUGUCCUCAUUUUACUUAUACAUUAUCAGAGGGAUCAACAUCAAUAUUCAACUGUUUGCCAAAAAAAGGAUACUUUCUUUAUAUGUUUAGAAAUAUAGAUAUAGAUUAUUUACGAUAUAAAUUUGAUAUAAAUUCUGAAAAUGGAAUUUAUAGUUUUUUUGAGAACAAUGAUAAAAAUUUUGAUAAUGACAUUUAUGAUUUAUUUUUGGAACAAAAUUUCAAGGAAUUGUUUGACAAUAUGAAUAACAAUUCGAAUAAAAAUACUCAAAGUAAAAAAUUCAAUAAACAAUCAAAUAACCAGAUAAAUAAUCAAAAAAAUGUUGCAAAUAAUAGCUACAACUUAAAAAAAUUAGAAAGUUUAGGUUUUUUAAAAAAAACAUCUAUAUUUCAUAUAUAUACUAGCCUUUUAAAAAAUAUAGAACAAAAAUAUAUGUGGAUGACUGAUAAUAUGUUAAGAGUUACUUGUCAUGUAAAUCUAAAUUUUAAAAAAAAUCCUAAUUUUACAAUUACAUAUAAACCCAAUUUGAAAUCUUGUAUUGAUGAUUGCAAAAAAAAUAUAUACUGUACAGGCAUAGAAUUUUCAAGAAAAAAUGUAGAAUACACGCAAAUAUUUUUAAAAAAUAAUCAGAAAGUAAUUGUUGGUUAUUUUAAAUGUAAAAAUUUUUAUUUUCAAAAUAUAUAUGAAUACACUUCGUCAAAUAUAGGGAAUUUUUUAAAUAAAAAUGUUGAAAAUCAAAUAGCUACAAAAAGUACUCUAGAAUAUACAAAUUUUUUAUUAAGAAAUAAAAAAGAUAUCAUUUUUACAUGUUCUAUUGAUAGAGACAGAAAAUAUCUAUUGUAUAAAUCCUAUCAAGUUGUAGAAUGCUUUAUAGGUAAAUUUUGUCCAGGAAAUAAAACUCCAUAUUUAGUUUCUUGCCCAACUAAUUCCACAACGUUAGUAAAUUUAGCUACAGAUAUAGAUGAAUGUUUAUGCAUAAAAGGUUAUGCAUAUGUAGGAGUUUUAUCUAAUAGAUGUGCAGUUUGUGACAGGGGAACAUACAAAGAGACAAUAGGAAAUGUUAAGUGUGAAACUUGUCCUUUGACAUUUUCAACAGUUAAUACAGGUUCAACAAGUGUUAAUGAUUGUUCUUGUACUCCAGGAAAUUAUCUUACCUUCGAUACAUUAGGAAACUUUGUUAACUCAGAGAACAUAAAUUAUAAAAACAUUCAUAAUAAAUACUUUAUUAUUCCAAAGAAAAAAGAAAAAGAAUAUUACAUAACAGAGGUAAAAAAAAUAAGUUUCAAUGGAUUCAAUGAUAAAGAUGAUAAAGAUAUUAAAAAAAUAUUAAAACUUCAUGUAGGAAUAUGUAAAGCUUGUUCUCUUGAUAAUCAUUAUUGUGAAGGAGGGUUAGAAUCAAAUAUUAUCUUUAACAAUACAGUUAUAGAAGGAAUAUUUCAUACAUUGCCAAAAAAAUGCCCUAAAGAACUAGUGAUUCCUCGAGGAAUAAAGCAAAGGACUUCUUUAAAUAAUUGUUUAUGCAUUCAUGGAAAAGUUUUAAGAACAUCAAAAGACAAAACUAUAGAAUGUUUUCCUUGCCCCCCAAAUACAUUCAAAGAAAGUGAAUAUGACAAUAGUUGUUCAGGAGCUUGCCCGCACUUUUCUACAACAUUUGUAGGUUCAUCAUAUGAAAAUCAAUGUUUCUGUAAGAACAAUUAUUAUUUAAUAACUCCAGAAGAUGAACAUGCAGAAAAUAGUAAAUCUAAAAAAAGUUGCAAAGUUUGCCCCAAAGGAGCUGUAUGUAAUAGAGGUUUUAAUAUCUAUGUUUUUUUAAAACUAUUAAAUGACAGAGCUUAUAAUGACAUAAAUAUCUUAGAUCACGAAAAUCCUUACCCAAUUAAUGGGUACUAUGCAGUAUACAAAGUAAAAAAUUCAUAUAAACCUUGGAAUCCAUUAGAUGAUAAUGAUGAUUUAAAAUACACUUAUCCAUAUUAUAGUUUAAUGUUAUUUAUUCAAAAGAAUAUUGAAAACAAAAAUUACUUCUUCUUUGAGAAAAAUCAAAAAUAUUAUUUGAAUGAGGAAUUCCUAGAAAAUAUUAAUAAAAGAGAUAAAAUUAAAAGUAAAUCGAAUAAAAGUGAUAAACAAAGAAAUUCAUAUAAUACUUCAUUUAAACUUCAAAAUUCAUUAUCAUUUUUUCAAAGUGAAGAAAAAUAUCAUAAAUUGCAAAGAGUAUCUAAAGGAAGGAUCAUAAAUUUUAAAGAGGUUAACAUAUCGGAUACAUCAAAUCUAGAUUCUUCUUUGUUAACUAAUCAAGAUAUAAAUUUCUCUUUUUUAGAAACCAAUGGAAAUAUAAGUAAUAAUACUAAUAAUAGCGAGGAAUAUUCUUUAGAAAUAUUUAGUAAGUAUAUAAAAGAGGCAAAUGAAUUAAAAAAAAUAAAUAGCAAAUUUGAAAGAUUACCUGAUAUACAUCCCUGUACUCUACCAGAUAGAUGUUUAGGAACAAUAGCAAAUUUAUGUUCUGAAGGAUCCACUGGAUAUCAAUGUAAUAAUUGCAAAAAAAAUUAUGAUACAAGUUAUUUUAAAUCAAAGUGUUAUAGAUGUAAGAAUUUAUUAUACGAAGUAUUGCAUAUUAUAUUAUUGAAGCUUUUAUAUUAUUUUAUUGUUAUUCUUAUUGUGUCACUGAACUAUAAUAGUUGUAUAAAUAAAUUGUACAUCAGUGGAAUAUUAAUAAAAAUUUGGUUUAAUUGCUCCUUUAGCUUUAUCGCUUAUGGAUUUUUUUCUCCUAAUACACAAUCGUUUAUUGCAAAAUAUCUGUACCUAUAUAAGAUGGUAUUUCUUUUUCAUUUAAAAUUUUUUUCUUAUUACUUAAGGAUUGGAUGUUUUUUUAAUUAUUAUAAUAUUGAUGUAUCUUAUAAUAACAUAUGGUAUAUACAAAAAUACAUGAAAAUAUUUUCACCACUUAUAGAUGGUUUUUUUAUAACUUUCAUUUUAUUUAUAAUUGUUCAAAUAUCUAAGUUUUACUACAAAGAAAAAAUACGGAAUUUUGAAAAUUUAUUAUCUCAAAUUCCAGAUUUAAGAGAUGAAUAUAAAAAGGAAAUUAAAGAAGAAUGUACUCAAAAACAAGAAGAAAAAAAGAAAAAUAAAAAAAAAAUUCAUAUAAUUAAUGAAUUAGAAGAAAAGGAAAUAGUUAAAUCUGAUAAAAGCACAUUAAUACAUGAUUUAGAAAAAAAUAAUAACACAUUAAACGAUGUUAAACAAAAUAACAAAUCACUUUUAAAUAAUAUCAAAAAUAAAGGUGAUAGAAUGAAAAAAUUUAAAAUUAAAAGAAAGGACAAAAAUGAAAAACACCAAAAAGAAAUAAAUGAAAGUGUAAAUAAGAAAAAUGAAGAAGACAUAAAAUAUAAAUUAAAGUAUAUAAAAAAUGAUGAAAUAUAUAAAACAUUCUUAAAAGAGACAAUUGAAUAUAUUUAUAAUAUAAGAAUCUUUGGUCCAUGGCGCUUUAUGAACAAAAGAAAUGAAACUUUUAGAAAAAAAUUAGCAAUGUUUUUAAGUGAUAAUUUGCCAUGUUACGUUUUAAUGACUGUUUUAUCUAUACCUUACGUACUUCUAGAGUUGAUUCAACUUUUAUAUUGCAAGCCUGUAGGUUAUAAAUCACAGAAAAAAGAACUAUAUUUAACCUAUUUAACUACUCAAAAAUGUUCCUUAUCUCAUAGAUCCUUUUUAUUAAGUAUGGUUGUUAUACUAUUAACAACAUUUUUUUAUUUAGGAAUCUGCUUUAUUUUAUCACUUUUAUACAUUAAGAGAAAAAAAAUCUCAUUGUUUAAUUCUUUAUUAAAAAAUUUAUUAGCAGGAUAUAGACAAGGAAAAGCAAUAUUUGAAUUAUUAUUUUUGUUGAAGAAUACUAUUUUAGUUUUUAUUAUAGCUUUUAAUGUCCACUAUCAAAUGUAUUAUAUAGUCUUGGUUACAUUAACAUUAACAAUAUUUGCCAUUUUUGAGAUACUUUAUAGUCCUUUUGAUAGAAGAUCUUUUAAUAUUCUUAAUAAAUCUUUAUGCGUUGGUAGUGUUUUAAACAUUUUUUUUUCUUUGAUUAUGUGGGGAAGCUUUUAUUGGGAUUAUGAAAAAUUCUCAUUAUUUCCUAUUUCAAUUAUUCUAUUUUAUCAUCUGUUUAUGCUUCAUAAUGUUGUAAAAGAAAUAAUACUAUCUAGACAUUUUAUGAACAAAGAAACUCUUAUUAAUAUAGAAACAAGUAGUUAUGAAGAAGACAAUAUAAAAAGCAAAAAUUACAAAAUAUAUUAUAAAGUUAUGAAUAAAAUUAAAUUUUUUUUGAAUAAAAAUCAAAAGAAAAAACUAUCAAAAAUGGUUGAAAGUAAUGUAUAUUUAAAUAAAGCAGAUAAUGCAUCAAAACAUGACAUCAAAUUUGAACCUAUAGAAAAUAUUAUUAAAAGAUAUAAUCUUAAAUUAAAUUCGUACCUUAUUAAUGAUAAAAAUAAUAAUAUUAAAAUUGAAGAAAAUAAAAAUGAAAAAGAAUUGUUUAAUAUUAAAAAAAAUGUAUUACCAGUUAAUAUACAUAAUGUAGCAUUUAUAUGGUAUGAUGAUCAAAAUGAAGAUUUGUUAUUUCAAAUGCCUUAUGAAAAUAAAUUUUGUUAUGAUCUUAAUGGAGAAAAGAGGAAAAAAAAAAAGAAAAAAAACUUUUUACGUAUAUUCUCAGAUUAUAUUAGAGAUAAAAGAAAAAAAAAAAAUUUUAAAUAUUUUGUCUUAGCACUAGUGGAAAUUAUUGAAAAAUUCAUAGAUGUAUCAAGAUCGUGUUCUAUAUACGAAAAUUGGUUUGAUUUUUCUAUCCGAUUUUCUUUUGUUUAUAUAUCUUGGAUUAAAAAUCUUAACAAAACAAAAUCACUUUUACCAAGUAACAUGGAUCAAUUACAUAAAAAUAUGGAUCAAUUUAUUUUUAAGGCCCUAUUUUAUGAAAACGAUAUGAUUAUUAGAGAAGAAAAAAUUUCAGAAGAUUCUUCAAACAUAAAUAAUAAAGACUUAAAAAAUGAAGAAUGUAUAGAAACACUUGAAAAAAAAAAUAGUUUUGAAAAUACAGAAAUAAAAAUUAGUCGUAGUUUUGGUUCUUACAAUAAAUUAGGAAGUCUAAAAAAUAGGAAAAAACAUGAUGAAACAGUUAAGAAUGAAGAACUUAAAGAAUAUUCCAUUUUAGGAAACGAUCAUGACUCACUAUAUUUAUCUAAGAAUGAAGAAGGAAAAACACAAAAUAAAAAGGAAAAUGAGAAAAAAGAAAUAUAUAAUAUAAAUAAUUCAACAAAAAAAUCUAACAAAGAAAUAUCUGAAAAACAUUUAAAUAAUAUGAAAGAAAAUUCUCACUGUUAUAAGGAAGAAGAAAAUUCUUCACAAAAUAUUACUGAGUAUUCUAUUGAUGUUUUUUCUACAGAAAUGUUUAAUGAGGAUAUUUUUAAAAUGCUAAUUUCCUUGUUUGAAUUAUAUAUUGCUAUGAAAACAUUAAAAUCAUUGAACUCGGAUAUUUUGAGUAAACUUUAUAAACGUUAUAACGAAAAAUGUAUAAAUUUUGAGACAAGUGUAAUGUUUAAUAUAAAUAAAUUAAAAGAAGAAUUAAAAUUAGAAAUAGAAGAAAUUAAUAAUGAAAUAAAUAAUGGAAACAGUAUUGAAAAGUUAAAAAUGAAAACUUAUUAUUUUUAUAAAGAAGAAUUAAUUAAAAGAAAAAUGCUAGAAGAAGAGUUAAUGAAUAAAAUUAAAAGUUUAGAAGAAUGUAUUGAAGCAAAAAAUAAGUCACAAUCUUUAAGAAAUAAAUUAAAAGAUUCAAAAAAAAAAAAAAUAAAUAAUGAAAAUGUAGACGAAUAUUUAAAUCGCAUAUUUUUUCUUUUACAAAAUGAAGGAACUUAUAAAUUAAAUCAUCCAGAAAAUACAGAACAAAAAAGAUGA